AUGUCUGCGGGUUUUGAUACCCUCAAAGCACUGUUGUCGCGCAUGCGAGAGGAUGGGAAGUUCUCAGAUCUCGCGGUCAAAUGCCAAUCUUCAACCUUCCACGUUCAUUGUUGCAUUGUGUGCCCACAGUCGCCAUUUUUCGACAAGGCGGCAAAUGGUAAUUUCGAGGAAUCUGAAUCCCGCGUCAUCAACAUUCACGAUGACCCUUUCAUCGUAUCCAAGUUGUUUGAUUUUCUUUACCGUGCGGACUACGAUGACUCACCUGACGAUACGGAUGAUCCAGCUGCGGAUAAUGAAUCUGCUGCGAACGAAGAGGGAAUAUUACCGACAGAGCGUAUCUCCCAAGAUGCUCUUUCAAGGCAGUGGAGGCGUGCACAGACCAAUGUGCAAAUCUAUAUUAUAGCCGAUAAGUAUAUGAUUGAAGGAUUGAAAGAUAUAUCCAAAAGAAAGUUGAAUUCCAACAUGGAAAAUAACUGGGACGACUGCGGAUUUCUCACGGUUGUCAGCGAUGUGUAUGGGUCUCAGUGUCCGCCAAGAUCAGACCUACGUGAAAUUAUCAUACGCUUUGCUCUUCGACAUCUCGGUACGCUUCAGAAAUUCCGGCAGUUUGAUGACGCUCGAAAAGAAUACCCCGAGUUUGUGUAUGAACUGUCCACGGCUUUGAUAGAACGAGUUGUCGAAUUGGAAAAGAGAACAUGGUAG